ACCUUCCAGCCAUACCACACACCACAACAGACGCAUCCAUUUCCAAAAUGGCUGCCUCUGCUUAGACCCCCGUCCGUCACCAUACUCGGCCAGUCCACUUACCACUUCAACUCCACUCUCGAAGCGUCCUCGGACCUUCACAAUAGCGCCCGCUGUCUCCUCGACACCAGCUCUGUGAACACCUACCCAAAGCCCACCACGGCUUCACAACAGCAAACAUGGCCUCCCACACCACUGUCUGCACGGCAAACGCCACCAACUCCCCAGUUCUCGCAAGACUUCCAGCUGUUCGAUCAUCCGAUCCCGCAGCCCUCUCGACGCGCUGCAUCUCGCGGUCCGACGCAGCUUCCUUCGUUUAACAGCGCCCUCCCAGCCGGCCCUCAAGCCAACGGAAACUACUUAAUCGCCCAAGGAGACACUCGCACGACUCGUCCACCUGUACCGCUCUUCCACGCAAACUCGACUGGCCAUCUCGGCAAUCAAUCCAACAUUCAGGACACUCAGCAACUACAACAACUACAAACAGACAUCACUUCCUUCAUGAUGGGAGGCGGAGAAAUCAACGUCGCGUACAGCGGCACGUUCGGCGAUCUCCACGCUGGUGGAGACGCCGAACUCUUCGGCUUCGACAGCUUCGGCGACGACUUCGAGUUGAUGGGUUCCAGCACGAACAGUUUCACCGCUGUCAACUCCGACGCUGCUCCCGGAACCAUCUCUCCGAAAGACUUGUUCGCAGACUCUGUACCACCAUCAGCAUCUUUUACCAACCUGACUACCCCUGGAUCGACUUUCCUUGAUACACCGGAUGACUACCAAACAUCACCACUUUUUGUCGACCAGAUGGCCAACGACAAGUCUUGGUUCUCUUUGUUCCCUGAGGAAGACAACAAGCCCGCGCCUGUUGCUCCAUCCAUGGAACGAACUUCUUCCAACACUAUCAUUGUCCACCCUGGUGGCGAAGGCAACGCUCGCAAGCGAAGCUCAACCCAAGCAUCACCGACACCUUUCAGCCCUGCGCCAAAGAUGUCCGACGUUGCUGGUGUCUCUGCUCGCAAGCGUGACAGGCCUCUUCCACCAAUUCUCGUCGACGAAAAUGACACUGUCGCGCUGAAGCGUGCGAGGAACACAGCGGCGGCUCGUAAGUCACGAGCCAAGAAGGUCCAGGAGCGAGACGAACUUGAAACGACCAUUGCUCAACUUCAAGAACAAGUUCGCUUCUGGAAGCAGAAGGCGGUUGAUCUCGGUGCCGACUCCGAGGAAGCACCAUGAUUACCACUUCUUGCACUUGCAACUACUCACUAUGGAGAAGGAUGGCGCUGCCAAGGCAGGCGCUGGUGGGGGAGGACUUUUCAUUCUGUUCAUUGGUAUGAGCGCCAUGUGGCGGCUCUGGAUUUUUUGCUCUUUCUUUCGAUCUCGGGCCUCUCUUCUUCGGAUGAUGACGGUCGCAUACGGUCUUGCGUUAUGGUCUUGCCUUCUGAUGUCUCCUGCCUGCUUGGGUGGUUGAUUGACUCGGGGCUUUUUCUUUAUUGUGUUACAGAUUGUCACUAGCUCUCAGUGCUAUAGUACCAAAAGUUGUUUCUGCUUAUG